AUGGUUUCGCUCUGGGGUUCCAACAAGGACGAUGACGCGAACGGCUCCGAGUCUGGGGCCCCGCGCCGGAGCGACGACGGUCCUCCCAGAAGGUCUUACGACGAGCGCGAACCUGAUGAGCGCACACGACUCUUGCACCACCCUCAUGCGCCCAAUUCCGAUGGCUACUUGGAUCCCGAUGAUCCCGCCGUCUCGCCCUACAACCUCUGGAGCGUGCGCUUCACCCGCUACCUUACCGUUCUUUUCCUCAUAAUCUCCUUCUUGUGGUGGGUGCUGCUUCUGGUCUGCAUCUUCGUCUCGCCGCCCGGCAUGCACUCGCGCGGUUCCGGAUUCUUCGACUUCUCCUUCACCUCCCUGACCGUCGGCAACCUACUGGUGGCCCUCCUCUUCUUCUCCGCACCCUCGGGCGCCAUGCGCAUCAGCGCCGGCAUCGUUGCCGGCGUCCUACUCAUCGACAUGAUCAUCGUCCUAGCCGUCCCUCGGAUACGGGUUGAGGAAGGCUGGAUCGGUAUUGCUUCCGUCGUGUGGGCAGUAGUGAUCGCCGCAUGGUGUGUCAUAGCCGAUCGUAUCGUGGCUUGGGGAAAGGCUGAAGAGGAGGAACGCCUGACUGGUCGACCCGAGACGCGGAGGACACUGAAGGAGUGGAUUGCCGUGCUUCUUUCGACCACUAUCCUGAUCAUCUUCGUGAUCAUCACCAUACUGAUGACGGGCACCCUCGGCCUUCGCUCUCGCGAUGCGACGUUAUCGAUGGAUGGAGAGAGAUACUUGGUCGAUGGUGACAAGUACGCCGUCCACCUCGCCUGCGUUGGCAACGUCACGUACACGCACGACAAGAAAGAACCCACUGUCCUGCUUGAGGCUGGCGAAGAGCCGUCAGAGUACGAUUUCGAGCAUUGGGUCUACAAUGCCAUGCAGAACGGCACCAUCAGCCGCUACUGCUACUGGGACAGGCCUGGGUAUGCUUGGUCAGACAACGCACCUUCUCCACACUCGGCUGGUAUGUCGGCCGACGCGCUGUCGGAGGCUCUGGCCCGCGCAGGGGAGGAAGGCCCCUGGAUCCUCGUCUCCGCCGGUACCGGUAGCAUCAUCAGCCGCAUCUUCUCCUCGAGGCAUCUGCGGGACGUCGUCGGUCUAAUGAUGAUUGACCCCAUGCACGAGGACCUGCUACACAGGCUGUCUUCGCCCGGCCGUGGCUUCUUGCUCUGGGGCUGGGGUGUCAUCUCGCCGCUCGGCAUCGAACGGCUCGGUGGCGCCAUCUUCAGCGGCCGCACGCGCGAGGACCGCGUGUACGGUCGCAAUGCGUACCAGAACGGCAAAUACAUCAAGGCGCAGCUGCAGGAGAAUCUCGUGGCGGACUCGCUCACCAAGAAUGAACUGGUCAGCAGCCGCGCGAUCCAGGAGCGCAACGCGCCGGUUGUGGUUGUCAGCUCUGGCAUCGAAACGAGAAGGGACAGCGAGUGGGAGCGGAAGCAGAGGGAUCUGACGCAUCUGACGGACAACCUAGUCGAUUGGACGGUCGUCAACAAGGCGCCGCAUCGGGUCUGGCAGACGCUGGAGGGCAGGCAGGCGAUGGAGAAGAGCCUGAAGAAACUGGUGAAGGCGGCGGCGGCGUACGACUUGCCGUGGAGAAGGUACUAG